CUCUCUCUCUCUCUCUCUCUCUCUCUCUCUCUCUCUCUCUUCUUCUACACCUCUGUGUGCUGCUUUCUAUGCUCAAUUUAGAUGCUUAAACGUGACAAGUUUGGGGCCUAGUAAACAAUCACUCCUUGAAACAGUAUUGGGACGUCACAAACUCAGGAGUGAAUCAAUUCAACGGAGUUGCAGGGCAAGUUUCAACUAGACUGUAUAUUGGCAAAUGGGUAGUAAGAAAAAGGGGUCCGGUGCCGCUUUGGAAGUAGAGAAUGCAAUAGAUACGGGUACUGAUAAAGUUGUUUCAGAGGUACCGAAAAAGAAAAUGAAGAAGGAAAAGAAGAAAGUAGUUGAAGAUGUAGAAGAUCAAUCUGUUGCGCUGGAUGAGAAUAAGAAAGAGGUUGAAGAUGGGUCAGUUGUUUCGGAGGUAGUGAAAAAGAAAAUGAAAAAGGAAAAGAAGAAAGAAGCCAUGGAUGGGUCUUCUGCCCCAUCUUCAACCACGCAGUCUAUUGCAUUAGAGGAGAAGAAGAAAUCUAUUUCACCAAAGGAAAAGAAGAAAGGAGUUGCAGAUGGGUCUGCAGCCUCUUCUUCCAAUGCACUACCUGAUAAGCCAAUGGAGAGAAAGAAGAAAAGAAAAGCAUUGGACAAAGAGAGACACCAUGCUACUUCUGAUGACGUGGGACCAAAGGACAAACCUUUGGAUUCGAAUGUAGAUAAGACUCCGGUGCCUAACCCGACCUCACCGAGUAGUGGUUUGCCUGAGUUUCAUAUUAGUGUUUUUAAGAACCUCGCGUCAGCUGAUGCUGCUGAAAGAGAAGCAGCGGUUGAAUCGUUAGUGGUAGAGUUGCAGGAAGUCCAAACGGCAUAUGAAAAGCUUGAUAACAAGGAACUGGUUGAAGGUGGGUUGCAAUUGGAAGCUGAGAAGGAUGAUGGCUUGAAUAACUGUGCACCUUCUUUGAGAUACGCUGUGCGAAGACUUAUACGUGGUGUUUCUUCAUCGAGAGAGUGUGCAAGACAAGGAUUUGCGCUGGGUUUGACCAUUUUAGUUGGUGCAAUUACGAGCAUCAGAGUUGAUGCAUUGCUGAAACUGAUUGUUGAUCUAUUGGAGGUUUCUUCUUCAAUGAAGGGCCAGGAAGUGAAAGAUUGUCUUUUGGGGCGGCUAUUUGCUUAUGGAGCUAUUGCACGAUCAGGAAGGUUAAUUGAUGAAAACUCUAAUUCCAUCAAAGAGUUUACCAGUUCUCUUAUUUCCCUUGCAUCCAAGAAGCGUUAUUUGCAAGAGCCUGCUGUCUCAGUCAUUUUGGGUUUGGUUGAAAAGUUGCCGGUGGAGACCUUGGUGAAUCAAGUGCUUGAAGCUCCAGGGCUUCAGGAGUGGUUUAAAGGAGCCAUUGAAGUUGGAAACCCUGAUGCUUUGCUUCUAGCUCUUAAAUUGCGAGAAAAAAUUUCCAUGGAUGGCAAUUUUUUUGGAAAACUUCUGCCUGAUCCAUAUAGUCCUAGUGCAUUUUUUUCGGCUGACCAUUUGUCAUCCCUUUCUAAUUGCUUAAAGGAAUCUACGUUCUGUCAGCCUCGAGUUCACAGUGUCUGGCAUGCAUUGGUAAAUAUUCUUUUACCUGAUAUGGCUUUACCAGAUGUUGAUUCUACAUCAGGCUUAAAUUCCAUUAAAAAGCACAAGAAGAACAAAAAGUUUAGCUCCUCCGAAGAAGAGAUCCAGAAAAACCUUCGAUGUUUUUGUGAAAUUGUUGAAGGAUGCCUUCUUUUGUCCUCUCAUGACCGUAAACACUUGGCCUUUGAUGUUCUACUUCUUCUUCUACCAAGGCUUCCUGCAUCUUGUGUCCCCCUUGUACUGUCUUCUAAACUCGUUCAGUGCCUAGUGGAUAUACUGUCCACCAAAGACUCUUGGUUGUAUAAAGUUGCUCAAUUUUUUCUGAAAGAACUGUCAGAAUGGGUGAAGAAUGAUGAUGUCAGAAGAGUAGCUGUUAUUGUGGCCCUUCAGAAGAACAGCAAUGGGAAAUUUGAUUGCAUAACUCGGACGAAAACAAUAAAAGAUUUGAUGGCUGAAUUUAAAACUGAAUCUGGGUGCAUGCUUUUUAUUCAGAAUUUAAUUAGCAUGUUUUUGGAUGAAGGCCAUGCUUCAGAGGAACCUUCAGAUCAGAGUCAAACAACAGAUGACAACUCAGAAAUAGGUUCGAUCGAGGAUAAGGAUUCUGUUGGGACCAUGGGAACUUCUGACUUUUUGAAAAGUUGGGUCAUAGAUUCCCUCCCCAGUGUUUUGAAGCAUGUGCAGCUAGAUCCUGAAGCCAAGUUUCGGGUGCAAAAGGAAAUUUUGAAGUUUUUAGCUGUUCAGGGAAUAUUUUCUUCAUCUCUUGGCACAGAAGUUACAUCUUUUGAACUACAAGAGAAGUUUAGAUGGCCAAAAGCUGCCAUCUCAAGUGCUCUUUCCAGGAUGUGUGUUGAGCAGAUUCAGUUGUUGCUGGCAAAUGCUCAGAAGGGAGAGGGGUCCCAUUUGACAGCGACUAGUCUCGAGACAAAUGAUCUUGGGUCUUAUUUCAUGCGAUUCCUUAGUACAUUAUGCAACAUCCCAUCAGUGUCACUGUUCAGGGCCUUGAGCAAUGAGGAUGAAAAUGCGUUCAAAAAACUGCAAGCAAUGGAAACAAGGCUAUCGAGAGAGGAGAGAAACUGUGGAAUGAGUACAGAUGCGAAUAAGUUGCGAGCCCUGAGGUACUUGCUUAUUCAGUUGGUACUGCAAGUUCUCCUUCGACCUGGAGAUUUCUCCGAAGCUUCCUCUGAACUUAUUAUUUGCUGUAAAAAAGCUUUUGCCACUCCUGAUCUUGACUCAUCCGGAGAUGAUGAAACGGAUGGUGAUGGAGUUCCUGCAUUAAUGGAUGUUCUUUUGGAUACGCUGCUGUCUUUGCUUCCAGAAUCAUCUGCUCCUAUGCGUUCUGCUAUUGAGCAGGUCUUCAAAUAUUUCUGUGAAGAAGUUACUGAUGAUGGUCUGCUUCGGAUGUUGCGAGUCAUAAAGAAAGAUUUGAAACCAGCUAGACAUCAAGAAGCAAACAGUGAAGAUGACGGCGAUGAUGAUGAUGACGACCUUCUUGGUAUCGAAGAAGCUGAGGAAUCUGAUGAGGCUGAGACAGGUGAAACUGGGGAGAGUGACGGUCAGAUGGAUGACUCUGAGGCAGUUGUAGGAACUGAGGCGGUUGACAAAGAACUUGCUGAAGGUUCUGAUGAGGAAUCUGAUGAGGCGGUUGACAAAGAACUUGCUGAAGGUUCUGAUGAGGAAUCUGAUGGGGGAAUGGAUGAUGAUGCAAUGUUCCGCAUGGAUACUUAUGUUGCAAGAAUCCUCAAAGAGCGCAAGAACCAGGCUGGGGGUGAAACUGCUCAUUCCCAGCUUGUCCUCUUCAAACUUCGUGUUCUCUCCUUGUUGGAAAUUUACUUGCACGAGAAUCCAGGAAAGCCCCAGGUAUUGAAGGUAUACUCUAACUUGACCCAGGCAUUUGUUAACCCCCAUACAACUGAAGGCAGCGAGCAGCUAGGUCAGCGCAUAUGGGGAAUUCUGCAAAAGAAAAUUUUCAAAGCAAAGGACUUUCCGAAAGGAGAGGCUGUGCAACUGUCUAUUCUUGAAUCUCUCUUGGAGAAGAACCUGAAAUUGGCAUCGAAACCAUUCAAGAAAAAGAAAUCCGUUGUCAACCCGUCAAAGAAAAAGCAGUCAGCCUCCUGGAGUCGACACAAGAUGAUCAAUUCCCUAGCUCAAAAUUCAACAUUUUGGAUUCUAAAAAUCAUCGACGGAAGAAAGUUUUCCGAAUCUGAACUCAACCGGGUUUUUGGUAUUUUCCAAGAUGCUUUGACGACAUAUUUUGACAGUAAAAAGUCUCAAACCAAGCCCGAGUUUUUGAAAGAAAUAUUCAGAAGAAGACCAUGGAUCGGUCAUCAUCUGUUUGGAUUCCUUUUGGAGAGAUGUUCUUGUUCAAAAUCAGAGUUUCGCCGGGUCGAAGCGCUUGAAUUGGUGAUUGAAAUACUGAAGUCGCUGGUUUCUGUCACCAAUGAAGAAAGGGCGAAAUCAAGGAAAACGUUAGGCAGACAUAUUCCAAAGCUUAGUCAACUGAUAAAGGAGUUGGUAAUAAAUAUGCCAGAAAAGCAAUCUAGAAGAGCUGAAGCGCGGAAGUUCUGCAGCAGGGUAUUUCAGAUUAUUACUGGCCUUAACCUUUCUGAAUCAUUUCUUAAAGCUUUGGGAUCAGAUGUUCAUGCUGCUUGUCAAUCUCAACUUGGUGACGUGUUUCUUUCUUUGAAGAAGCUUGAACGGUAGGGAGCAAGAUUUUGUAUUUGUUGGAAAUCCAAGCCGAGGGAUUUAGUUUUUCAUUUAUUGGGAAAUAUAUGCGGUUCCGGAUGACAGUGCUGUUAGGGAAGAUCUCGUCGAGAUACCGAUGGCAAUUCUGGGAUUUCAUUUCAAGAAAGAAUUCGCGGCGGUUGCUUGGAUCCUUCCUCCGUGAAAGGUUUCAGUUUUCUCUGUAGAAUUUUCUCUUGGUGAGUUUUGUUCUCGUCACCUUUAUCUUUAAUACUAUCUCUGUUCUGCUAUGGUAGUUCACAGUGUAGGCAUUUUUAUGUGCUCUGGAUUUUGCUUGGGCUUUCCAAUCUUGAGUUGUAUCGAUUGACAUUUUUCUUUUAACUUAUCUUUAUUAACCAAUCCAAAUCUUGUUUUUAAUGA